AUGGCCAAGGCUGAAUCCGAUCUACGGUCUAUGAUAACCCAGGGCAAGGAUCCGCGUGAACUGCCCUGGUAUAGAACUGAUCUCGAGGAAGUGCAACAGCCAGCCAAGACAAUUUUGGAGAACUAUAGUAAGAUCCAGCCGGAUCAAGUUCUUCAGCAUGUAAAGGAUGUGUUCCCAUACCCUUGUAUCGGUGCAUUCCGCUUCUUAGAUAUGAGCAUUCCCCAAUCACCCGCCUACCCUGAGAUCCUAGAGCGUCUCAAAUCAGGUCAGAAACUACUAGAUGUAGGCUGUGCCGUUGGUCAAGAGCUACGACACCUAGUCUACGAUGGAGUCCCAUCGGAAAACAUCUACGCCUCUGAUCUCCGACAAGAUUUCUUCGAUAUCGGCUACGACCUUUUCGCAGACCGCUCAACUCUCAAAUCCCAGUUCAUUGUCAGUGAUAUCUUCGAUGAUAACUCCGAUCUCGUGAACCAACUUUCCAAUGGCGUCGAUAUCAUCAAUGCAGCCUCAUUCUUCCAUCUUUUCAGCUGGGACCAGCAGAUCUUAGUUGCGAAGCGUGUUGUUAGCUUGUUACGUGCGCAACCUGGGUCAUUGUUGAUUGGUCGACAGGUUGGUCGUACUGAUCCGGCUGAUCCUGAGGAUAAGACCAUUGAGCAUUAUCGGCAUAAUGUCGAGAUUUGGAAGAAGCUUUGGAAGCAAGUUGGUGCUGAGACGGGUACGGAGUGGGAGGUUGAGGCUUGGGUGGAGGAGUGGGCUGGAGCGGAUAAGAUUAUGAAGACUUUCCUUGAGGGAAUGGAUACUUAUAAGUUGAAGUUUAUUGUCAAGAGGGUUUAG